AUGUGCAAAUCGUUUAAGUGCCCGAUCAUGAGAUCAAUAAUUAUCGAUGCGCAUCUGAUGGUGGGUGGGGAGGUUCGAAUAGUUGUAUCUCGAGUGCGACUUUUCACCGGAGAUAAUCGACCCUCGGAAGAUGAAGAGCUCUAUAAAAUGGGUUUCAGGAAACGUCUCUCCGCUCCUCUAAUCUCCUCGCUCAUCCAUGCCUUUAUGCAUCCCUCUUCCUCCUCAACCUCCUCCAAGAAGUCCUCUCUCCAAUUCACCAACAUGGAGGAUACGACUGGAUCGUCAUUUGAAGAAAAUCGCAGUUCUGCUGGCACCAAACGCAAAAGUAAUUCUUAUUGA